AUGGAAGCGCAGAGUUUAAUGGAACUGGAGCAGCCUCAGGAAGAUAACGUGGAGCACCAGUACAUGUGCAGCGAGUGCUACCAGCUUUUUAACACCCUGGAGGAGGUGCUGAUCCACCAGGAGAUUCACACGGUCCAGGAGAGCGAGGAAGGGGAGGUGGUCCGGUGCGAGCAGUACCAGUGCCUGGAGUGUGGCUCCAUCCUCGUGGAUUCCGAGGAGCUACUGCUGCACCAGGAGAUGCACAUGCGUGAGGCUGAGCAACAAGAGUUGUGUGAGGCUGCGGAGACCGAAGAAAGUUGUUCUCAGCCACCCCAAGCAGUCCAGUACCAAUGUCUGGACUGUCUGGCUUUGUUUGAUUCGCCCGACACGUGGUUGGAACACCGCAAAAGUCACAGCAGCAGCACGACAAGCAUCCACGCUGAGACGACGGAAUACAUUAUCCAAGCGGACGGCACCGUGGCUCCUUUCAACAACAUGCAGAACUUUGUGCUAAGUGAGCAGCAAGCUGGGGAGAUCUUGGCGCAGGUAUUGGCUCAGCAGCAAAAGAAGAAAAGCCAGCCAGUCUCCAAACCCGCCGUUCGCCCUUCCCUUCUCCCUCCGGUGACACCUGCCCCCGGCUCGGCCACCAUGCAUCUUCAGAUCCUGACGGCCAAAGCGCUCGCCGACAGUUCCGGCGGUCGCGCUCGACCUAGCAAGACGUCGAAAAAGCUGAUGUUGGCCCCCCAGCAGACGGCGGCUGAAAUGGUGUUCAUCCAACCCUACGAAUGCUCUGAAUGCUCCCUUCUUUUCCAGACCCCGGAGGACUUCCUCCAACACCAGGGGGAGCACUACCUGGGUCAGGACAAAGAGAGCUCGGAAGCGGGGCUAAUGAACAGCCUUGAGGAAGCCCGAGGAUGCGAAGGAAUGCCGGACAAGAUCAACUACUCGGUAGCGCCACAGAAGCAAGUCAUAUUGGCGGAGAAGAAAAACGCAGUUUUGUCUAAGCCCCAACAGUGCACACUGUGCUGUCGCACCUUCAGCUCAGUCAACCGCCUCAAAGCCCACCAACGCGUUCACGAGCAGGGCACGCACGAAUGCACCGAGUGCGGUAGGGUCUUCAAAAAGGACAGUUCGUUGCAGGCCCAUCUGCGCACCCAUUUGGGCGUCAACAGAUAUCUGUGCGUGGACUGCGGCCAAGGGUUCACUACGGAGAUGACUCUCAUUAUGCACAGGAAGUCGCACACAGCAAACCCUCUUCACAAGUGCCAGUUCUGCAACAAAACCUUUACCAACAUGACCAAGUACCUUUAUCACCGGCGGACACAUGUCAACCUCAACACCGGUGGCCCGAACGCCAGCACCACCACCACGGUUAACACUGCUCUACCAAGAGCCUCUCUCUCCACUCUAGCCAUCUUGCAGCGAGCCAGAGAGAAGAAAAACUCUCAGAUGAUGGCCCCGCUGUCCGAGGAGGAGAUGGAAAGCAUAAAUGAGAACUCUCAGAUGAUGGCCCCGCUCUCUGAGGAGGAGAUGGAAAGCAUAAACCAGGGCGCUAAGGAUGCGAGCGAGGAUGUUCAAGAAAAAAAGAGCGAGCUGCACGCCGACACAGAACCCGCAGAAGUCGCGUCUGGCGAGGCCGAAAGCGCCGCGCUCGCUUUGUCUGACAAAGGCGCAUUCGCUUGUCGCUCCUGUCCGAAGAUUUACCCUUCUCAGCAGCACCUCCUCCAGCACGGGCGGACGUCGCACACGCCCGAACGCAGCUUCUUGUGCGGCGUCUGCGGCAAGGCCUUCAAGAAAAAGAUCCACGUGCGCAACCACGUCCGCACGCACACAGGCGAGCGGCCCUUCAAGUGCGGCGACUGCGGUAAAGGCUUUUCAUCUCUCGCCAACCUCACCCGCCACAACUUGAUCCACACGGGCGUGCGACCGUACCGCUGUGACGUGUGCCAGCGCGCCUUCUCGCAGUCGUCCAACUUGCGUCAGCACAGAUUGUUGCACGCCGUGGGCAGAAACGGGGGGCUCAAGUGUCCCGACUGCCCCGCCGCCUUCCGCUGGCCCACUAAGCUAGCUGCGCAUCGUUUCACGCAACAUCCUGGAUCCCCCGCGCCCUUUCCCUGUCCCCACUGCGAGGUCGGCUUCCUCGCCAAGAAGCAACUCGACGCGCACUGCUCCAACAAACAUCCAGGCGCGCUUUUAGAAUCUGAGCCGUCCACUUCCACCGCAGAACGGCCCGGCCUUCCGAUUCAAGGCGGCCUGGACUGCGACGUCUGCGGUAAGAAGCUCAACUCCCCGGCCAAUCUGCGGCUCCACAAGCUGAGCCACCCCGGGCCGAGGCAGACCCGUGGCAAAUUUGCAAAAUCCCACCCGUGUCCAGUUUGCGGCAAAUUGUUCGUCUCCUCUUCGGGCGUGGCGCUGCACCAGCGGGUGCACACGGGGGAGCGGCCCUUCCCGUGCCAGGUGUGCGGAAAGCGUUUCCGCCAGAGCACGCACCUUCGCGAGCACCUGCGCACUCACACGGGCGUGCGGCCCUUCUGCUGCGAGAUGUGCGGCAAGAGCUUCAUCCAGAGCAUGCACCUCGUCGAACACCGUCGCACGCACACGGGGGAGCGGCCUCACAUCUGCCCGCACUGCGGCAAGGCUUUCAAGACUUUCUCCAACCUCAGGAACCACAAGAAGACACACAAUCGCCUGCCAAAGCGGGAACGGGAGGCCGACGCCAAAGCUGCCGCAGCCUUGGAGGUUUCCGCAGUGGAACUCCCCAAGGGCCAGCAGCACCAGAUCAUCCAGAUCACAUCUUCAGACAUUCAGCAGGGCACCAACACCAUCAUGUGCAACGAGUUCGGGGAGACCAUCGCGAUCAUCGAGAGCAGCGAGGGCACGGCGCUGCCUCUUGAGCAGGCCCUGGAGAUCUUUCAGACGGCCCUGGAGAACGGCCUGGACGGACUACAAAUGCUCUGA